AUUUAUAUCAAUCAAUCCGUAACUCCUCUUAAGUCGUCCCUCCAAGUCUCCUCACCCACACUGUCGCUCUUUCUCUCUCCUCACAAACUUCCAGAGAGUUCCAAAGGUCGAAGACAAUCAACAAUGGCGAUGGAUCUAGAAACGAAGGCAAAGGAAGCUUUCAUCGACGACCACUUCGAAUUAGCUGUUGAACUUUACUCUCAGGCCAUUGAUUUGAACCCUAACAACGCCGAGCUCUAUGCCGACCGUGCUCAAGCCAACAUCAAACUCGCUAACUUCACUGAGGCGGUUUCUGAUGCGAACAGAGCUAUCCAACUCGAUACGUCAAUGGCUAAGGCGUACCUUCGGAAAGGUACUGCCUGUAUGAAGCUUGAGGAAUAUCAAACUGCCAAGGCAGCCUUUCAAGCAGGGUCUGGCUUAGCACCUGAAGACCCGAGGUUCACUAAUUAUAUAAAGGAGUGUGAUCAGCGCAUUGAAGAGGAAGAUGCCAGUUUGUCAAAACCAUCAGUUGAAAAGCCUACCAGAAGUGUUGUACCUGGAGGAUCAGAGUUGGAUACUACUGCUGUUCCAGCUUCCAGUGCCCCAGCUAGUGAUGUGCCAGUAUCAAAACCUAAGUUCAGGCAUGAAUUCUACCAAAAGCCUGAGGAAGUAGUAGUAACUGUUUUUGCGAAGGGUAUACCAGCCAAGAAUGUUGCUGUUGACUAUGGUGAACAAAUUCUAAGUGUGACUAUUGAUCUUCCUGGUGAAGAACCAUAUCGUCUUCAGCCUCGCUUAUUUGGGAAGAUAGUACCAAGCAAAUGCAGAUAUGAAGUCUUGUCUACUAAAAUUGAAAUCCGGCUUGCAAAAGCUGAACCAAUACAGUGGACUUCCUUGGAAUACGUCAAGGAUGUUGCCGUUGUUCAGAAGAUAAACAUAUCAACUCCUGCACAGAGGCCAUCUUAUCCAUCCUCCAAACAUAGGGGAGUGGACUGGGACAAAUUGGAAGCUCAGGUGAAGAAAGAGGAGAAGGACGAAAAACUCGAUGGCGAUGCGGCUUUGAACAAGUUUUUCCAGGACAUAUAUAAAGAUGCUGACGAGGACACUAGAAGAGCCAUGCAAAAAUCCUUUGUGGAGUCGAAUGGAACAGUGCUAUCAACAAACUGGAAAGACGUGGGAGCAAAGACGGUUGACGGGACUCCUCCCGAUGGCAUGGAGAUGAAGAAAUGGGAGUAUUAAGUCUUUCUGCCCUCCUAUAUAAAACCUGUGCAGUUUUUUGGUCUGCUUAGUAUGACAUUUCUUUUGCAAAAUUGACUAUUUGUUGGGUAGAUAACUGUACUCUGUGAAAUUGAGGUCUCUUGUUUUUGUUUUGUUGUCUCAGUUGAAAGCCAUUGAGCAUCAAAACCUCUGGUCACCCUCAAUUUGGUCGUAUUUUUUGUUAAAUUCUUUUCAGUACAGAUUUGUCAAAUAGUGGAGCCUGGGAGCUAUUAAUUUUUUGUUAUAAGAUUCUUAUUGUCUGUGUUGCUUACUUGAGUAUAGAAAAUGUUUUUACAUGUACACUA